AUGGGUAAGCGGAAAAAACCGGGCCGUAGCCCGAAAAUUUACCGUAGGCGAUCGGCCAACGCUACCGUCAGCACUGUUAAGUCUGCUAAUGUAUCUGCUAGCACGCCGGGGCAACCGUCGAAAAAAGCUCGCGAGGAUGACGAAUCAUCAUUAUUAUCGGCCAACCAGUACAGUGUAUUAAGUGAACAUACAGCUGUCAACGUUAGUGAUCUACAAGGAUUCGGUCAGGAACAGGAUAAUUGCCAGGAUGGUCCACCAACCAAUGUCACUGUCAAAUUGCCCCCGCUGAUCGUGAAGUCUAUCCCGCUGGAGCAGCUGCAGAAGGUCCUGCAUGCGAAGGGCAUCAGUGCUCAAUUUAAGCUUACCAGAAUUGGCAUCAAGGUGAUGCUACAGACAAUGGACGAGUUCAUUAAAGCCAAAACAUAUCUGAACCAGCAUAAAGCGCAGUUUUUCACCCACGACAUGCCUUCAGAGAAACCUUUCAAGGCUGUCGUUAGAGGUCUACCAGUGAUGCAACCUGAAGACAUCAAAUCCGAGCUGGAGGAGCGGUACAAACUACAACCCUAA